AUGGUUCAUUGUAUAGUGUUUGGAUGUACUUCUAAAAGCGGAAAAACUCGAGUUAGCUUUCAUACAAUACCCAAAGUUGUAUCUAAUCAAGGAGAAGAGCACGAAGAACUCACGAGAGAGAGGAGAAGGCGCUGGAUUUCAGCGAUCAGUCGAGGCGAUACACAGACAAAAAGAAUCCUCGAGAGUGAACGUGUAUGUGGACUGCACUUUGUUAAUGGAAAACCUGCAGCUUCCUGGGAUAGAUAUCACAUCGACUGGGUGCCUACUCUAAACCUUGGAAAGCAACAAACUAAGAAAACUACAGUUGAUGAUCAUAAAGAAGGAGUGAGUUUGAGGGCCGAAAGGGCGAAAGAGCGCAGGAAGAGAAACAUUGAACGUCAACAACUUGAAGCAGCUAAGAAAAGAAAAGAGCUUGAUCAGAGUGGUCUGCCUGUUCAGAAUAUAGAUUUUGCCACUGCUAGCUCAUCGAAUGACGACGUUUCAAGCUUAGACCCUUUAUAUGUCGAUGAGGCUUGUGGAAGUACAAGCGAUGCGGAAUAUUGUGAUGGCACCGAGAUGGAGAAGGGAACUCAAACAGUCGUCCACAAAGUGGUUGAACGUUCCACUUCAACUGAGGACUUUGAAGUAGUUUCUGAAGGGCGGAGAAAUAGAGGAACACCGACACUAGAAUUUAAUUAUUUGUUUCAGAACUCUGUGUAUCGUGCUCCAGACAAGGAUUUCUUCGAUUCUUCAGAUAAAGUUCGCUUUUACACCGGAUUGUCUUCGUUUGAAGUACUUAUGGUAGUGUUCGAACAUGUAAGUCCGUAUGUGUCGCGACGAUCCGCUUUAACCAGUUUGAGCAGCUUUCAAGAAUUUAUUUUAGUUGAUGAAACUACGGCUUAA